CACCCCUGCUCCGAUUCUCCGCCCCGGCGAAAGGAAAAUGGGCGGACUGAGGGAAGCGCAAUGAGACUGGUUUCAACUUUGAACCACUACACUCACCGCCUCUUCUUCCAUUCAUCACGCAACUCUUCUCGCCUUUCACCUCUCCCAAAACUUCAGACUAUACAAUUCAAGUGCCGCAACUACUCUAUAUCUCACAGCUCCUACAUUCCUCCCCGGAGGUUUCGCAGCGGGCCAAGUAUGGCGGAAUCCGACCCGUCUCCUGCGCUAGUUCAUGUGAAAGACCACAUCGACUUGACAGCCAAGGAGAAGCAGAUUUUUGACCGCCUUCUUCAAGUCCUGCGCCACUUUAAUCUCCAGACGCAGCUCCGCGUCGCCGGUGGAUGGGUUCGCGAUAAGCUUCUUGGUAAAGAAUGCUGUGAUAUAGAUAUUGCACUUGAUAACAUGCUAGGAAGAGAAUUCUGUGAGAAGGUCAAUGAGUACUUAUCAUCUACUGGGGAAGAAACCCAAGGAAUAGGUGUCAUCCAGUGCAAUCCUGAUCAGUCAAAACACUUGGAAACAGCAAGGAUGCGCCUUUGUGAUGUAUGGGUUGAUUUUGUUAACUUGCGAGCAGAAGAUUACAGUGAAAGUAGUCGUAUUCCAACAAUGAGAUUUGGCACUGCAGAAGAGGAUGCAUAUCGCAGGGACUUAACCAUUAACAGCUUAUUUUACAAUAUUAACUCAAGUUCGGUUGAAGAUUUUACAGGAAAAGGCAUUAAGGAUCUCAAGUCUGGUAGAAUUGUGACUCCGCUGCCUCCAAAGCAGACCUUUUUGGAUGAUCCACUAAGAGUUCUUCGAGCCAUUCGUUUUGGUGCUAGGUUCGAAUUUAUGCUAGAUGAAGAGCUCAAGAGAGCUGCUUCAGAUGAUGAUGUCAAGGCUGCUAUUGCUGAUAAGAUUAGCAGAGAACGCAUAGGUCAUGAAAUUGAUCUUAUGAUAUCUGGCAAUCAACCUCUUAAAGCAAUUACAUAUGUUGCUGACCUGCAAUUAUUUCCAGCUGUCUUUAGUCUUCCUCUGGACGUUGAACCACCAAUUCCCACGAGUUGUGACAAGUUGUGUGUUACUUACAUGGAUUUAGCAUGGAGAUUGCUUCGUCUAAUUGGAUGCUCUUUGACUGAUGAUCAAAGGCGGCUUUGCUUAUAUGCAGCUUUGUUUCUGCCGUUUAGAAACACCAUAUACAAAGACCAUAAAGCUAAAAAGAUUCCAGUUGUGAGUUACAUCUUCAGGAAUUCUCUCAAGUUGAAAGCCAGUGAUUCAGAAACAGUCACAAGUUUGCAUAGUGUGACACAAAAGCUUGUAUCAUUGAUUCCGUUUAUUACUUCCAAAGAUAUAGAAAUUAUUGAAGUGGAUUGGAAAACAGAAACUAUUGAUGUUCCAGUUGCUGCAAAACGUAGAAUACUGAUUGGAUUGCUGCUCCGUGAAAUUAAAGAAUUCUGGCGUGUUUCCCUGGUACUCUCGAUGCUUUUAUACCCUACAAAUGUGGACACAGAGGAAAACAUCGAAUUGGAGAAGAGAAGCAAAUUAUUUAAGACAAUUGAGAAUGACAUACUCAAUCUAGGCCUAGAAAGUGUCUGGGAAGCGAAGCCGCUGGUGAAUGGGAAGGAAAUCAUGAACAUUUUGCAGAUUAAAUCUGGAGGACCAAUUGUCAAAGAAUGGCAACAAAAAUUGUUGGAGUGGCAGCUUGCAUGUCCUGCUGGGACUGCAGAAGAAUGCAUAGACUGGAUGAAGGAGGCUAAUUCAAAACGUGCUAGGACAGAGUAAUGGGGAGAUCAAUUGAUUGAACAAGUAAUAUAUCACAAUUGUAGCACACUUUAAUGUUGACACGGUAAGUGGUUAGAAUCUUUCUGUUAGAAAAAAGCAGCAUUCCAAAAAGUAUUUAUUUCCUAGUUGCACAAUACACAAAUAGGUAGCAUUCAAGAUCACCAGCAGAAGUGAAACCAAUAUUGGAGAAAUGUCUAUGAGAAAUGAAUAAUAUUAUAUGCAUUCUCGCUUUUUACUUUAUUCUUAUAAAGCCUUUUAUUAUUAUUA